UACGCUUAGCUAAUCAGCCAGUUUACAGGUAAUCAACGGCCCGAGUAUAUUCAAAAAAUUAAAACUAAAAAUGUACAAUAAUUGAUCAUAUAAAACUAUAAAGACCUAUAAACGCAGAGAACUAGAAAUCUAAAGAAUCAAAUCACAAUAAGUUCCAUAACAUUUGGAAAUUCUCUCAAAAUAUUAAUUGUGAGCCUGCCGGGCUGGUGUAAUUUGAAAAAAAUCUCAAAUACCACAAGUUGUGGAAAAUUCUUACUGAUAACCUGAGCUUCCAUACUGAUUUAUCUACAAUUACUUAUUUAUUAUACGACUUAAAAAAUUACGAACGCGCGCGCCUGCGAGGUAGAUUAAAAAUCUACGAUACAUUGGCUGGCUCUCAGGCAAUCUCAAUGAAGUAUUAAAUUUAAAAUUUUCUCAGUCAUAAUAAAACAUCAAAAAACGAAUACUUUCUAUUCAGUUUGGUGCUGAGUCAUAAGGUUCUUACAAAUGUUUCAAGGAUUUAAGCUGGGUCACUGCCCUUACGGUUAACAUUUUUUACGGCUAACGGUUAAAAUUUCCCAAUUAUUUGGCCCGUUUUAUCCCAGACGAUCCCAGACCAAUCCUCCGGAAACUCCUUCAAUUUUACGAGAGGGGAUUGGAUCGAAAAUCUCAACGCACGCGCACAGGUGAUGGUCACAACGAAAAAUGGCGGAAAAUGCUUCUCCCGCUAUAGCUGCCGAAAAUGAGGAUUCUAUAGGAACAAGUGGCUCUGUGCGAAUUUUAGCGCCGCCGAAGUUUAUGUUGAGACAAGAUACGUCUGGGAGAGUGACGAACGCUUAUCUUGAGGAUGAUGCAGAGGAGGAGGAGGCUGAAAAUGAGGAAUUCCACUCUACUGGAGUAUCAGUUAAGAGAUCAGCAGAUAUGGAGGAAAGAAAUGAUGACUCGGAACAAGAGGAAGCUGCUUGUUCAUCACCAGUAAAAAAGGCAGCAAAACUUGAAAAUAAAAAUAAUGAAGAAACAGAGGAAGUUAAACCUCCAAAGCUUCUAUUUAAACCAUCCAUUCUCUCUGAUGUGGCAAAGAAUUUGACAAGUUCAUCAUCUAAAUUUGAUAGAAAUUCCACAACUUCUCCAGUUCCAAAGACAUUUGGGGUGUCCAGUGGUGAAUCUUCUGCUACAGAGCAGAGCACAGACACAUCACAGCGCUCACAUGAGUCUGCUCCUGGAGAGCAGCUGGCAGGAAUAAUUGGAGCUUCUUCUAAGAAUUACUUUGAACAAUUUCUCACUGGCCCAAAAGAAUCCUCUGCUAAACCCCCAAGUGGAUCAUUUGUAUUUGGACAAAACAUGGGCGAACGAGUUAUGUUUUCUGCUGACAAUACUACAAAGGAGGAAGGACCCAGUGAGACAACAGAGGAGAAACCAACAGACACCAACAGCACUUCUAAGGAUCACAAAACAGGUUCAACAAAAAUAUCAUAAAAUAAUAA